AUGACCUCUCACGGUACUUUGAGGGCGACCUUCGCCAGCCGCGCCGAGUCGGCCAGCCAUCCGCUUACAGCCUACCUCCUCCGAUUGAUGGACUUAAAGGCAUCGAACCUCUGCCUCAGCGCCGACGUUCCGACCGCACGAGAAUUACUUUACCUGGCUGAUAAGGUCGGACCUUCCAUUGUUGUACUCAAGACGCACCACGACAUCGUCUCCGGAUGGGACUUCAAUCCCCAGACCGGUACCGGCGCUAAACUUGCCGCGAUAGCUCGUAAACAUGGCUUCCUGAUUUUCGAGGACCGCAAAUUCGGUGACAUUGGCAACACGGUCCAGAUGCAGUACGUCGCGGGAUCGGCAAGGAUAAUCGAAUGGGCUCAUAUUACAAACGUCAAUAUGGUUCCGGGCAAGGCCGCUGUCACAGCUCUCGCCGAAGCCGCCGCGCGAUGGCGCGAAAGGUACCCAUACGAGGUCAAGACGUCGGUCACAGUCGGAACCCCAAGGUCCGAAAGCUUUGAUGAAUACGACGAAGACAACAACGAUGAUGCUCACGAGCACACUAUUGGCACUCCACGACCAUCUGAUGUCAACGGACGCAAGGGCAGCAUUGUCUCCAUCACCACACUUACUCAACACUUCGAGCCCGCGCCGUCACCUCGAUUCCCGAGAAACGAGUCCCAUAGCUCUGACGAGGUCCUGUACGCCGGUAUCGAGGAGGCCCCCAUGGACCGCGGUCUUCUCAUUCUGGCGCAAAUGUCGAGUGCAGGCAACUUUAUGAACAAGGAAUACACCCAAGCUUGCGUCGACGCGGCCAGGGAGAACAAGAACUUCGUCAUGGGCUUCGUGUCCCAAGAGAGCCUCAACACCGAGCCGGAGGACUCCUUCAUUCAUAUGACGCCUGGAUGCCAGCUGCCCCCUGAAGGUGACGAGGAGAACGGCUCCGUCGCCGGUGACGGAAAGGGACAGCAGUACAACACGCCUCAGAAACUUAUAGAGCUAUGCGGCACUGAUGUCGUCAUCGUCGGACGUGGUAUCCUGAAGGCGGGUGACCCUCAAUCGGAGGCUGAGAGAUACCGCAGGAAGGCCUGGAAGGCGUAUCUCUCUCGGGUGGCAUAA